UACGCACAGCGACAGAGAGCCGUACAGUGUUCAGGUGAAACGUGCGGAUAUCAUUGCCGUUAUUCGUGGUUCUUCAGAACUUGCGUAAAGCGGAAACCCUCGGACACUAUGGAUGUUUGCAAAGGUCGUAUGCUGGGCAUUACGGUGGCUGUAGCCCACGGUUUUUUCUCGGGAUCUUUAAACAUUUUGUUAAAAUUUCUCAUCACCACUUACCACUUCAAUUACCUCACCCUGAUCCAGUUCCUGACGAGUAGCACUGCGGCGCUUACUCUGGAGACGCUGAGGAGAUUGGGAAAAGUAGAUAUACCUCCGUUCAGUCUACAGUUAGUGAAAGUUUUCUCCAGCGUGUGCAUUAUGGCCACUCUACAGUCAACCCUGACGCUGUGGUCUCUCAAAGGACUUAGUUUACCGAUGUAUGUGGUUUUCAAACGAUGUCUCCCCUUGGCAACGCUGGGGAUUGGGGUUUGCAUUUUAAAGAACGGAAUUCCCUCGGUCGGUGUGAUCGGUGCGGUGUUGAUUACCACGACAGGAGCAGCCUUGGCAGGUGCGGGUGAUCUCACGGGAGACCCGUUUGGCUACGUGACGGGCGUGCUGGCGGUGAUCAUCCACGCCUCCUACCUGGUCCUCAUCCAGAAGGCCAGCAGCGACACCGAGCACGGGCCGCUCACGGCCCAGUACACCAUCGCCAUCGUGGCCUCGCCCGUGCUGCUGGUGUGCGCCUUCGUCAGCAUGGACGCCAUCGACAUGUGGAGCUACGAGGGCUGGGCGAACCCCUACAUCACGGGCAUCUUCGUCACCUGCAUCGUCAUCGGCUGCGCCAUGAACUUCACCACGCUGCACUGCACCUACAUCAACUCGGCGGUGACCACCAGCUUCGUGGGCGUGGUGAAGAGCAUCGCCACCAUCACGGUGGGCAUGGUGGCCUUCACCGACGUGGAGCCCACCAGCCUCUUCAUCGCCGGCGUGGUGGUCAACACCGUGGGCUCCAUCACCUACUGCAUCGUCAAGUACUUCGAGACCCGGAGGAAGCUCAAGUACCAGGACAUGGACGAGGCCUCCGCCGAGGAGGGGCUGCCCGGGCAGCCGUACACCGAGCCGGCCAAACCCGAGGGGGGCGACGCCGGGGGGGAGGCGGAGGCGGAGGGGGAGGGACUGGCCAACGGGACCCUGGCCACGGGGUUGCCAGACGGGAGUGACCAGACCCCGUUCCCGGCGCUGGAGCACACUGAGCAGGAGUCGGUGGAGAUGCAGAAGCAGGCCUACUUCCAGGAGGGCGAGCCGCUCGCCCAGCCCCAGUCUCUGAGUGACAGUUACCUGGGGGUGUGGAGGUCCGUUCGCACACUCAAGUUCUUCAAGAAGGACACGCUGAUUGACAAUAUGGAGGUGCAGAGCCCUUAACACUGAAUGUGUUUUUUUAUUUGUGGUGAAAGCGUGCAUGUUGUGUCCGUUUGUGUCACUGAAUGAGCCUGAAUAUGAACAUUGGAAGAUGUUUUUUCUGCCUUUUUUUUGUUUUUAUGUUCUUCUCUUAAAAAGUAUUUUUAAGAAAUCUAUCUGAUGAGUUUGUACACAUAGGAGGGGUUAUAUCAAGUAUUUCUAAAUGCAUAGGGUUAAUGCAUUGAAAUGUUUUAUACUGAGUUUUCAGUAGUGGCAGUGUUGUCUGUGCAGGGAAUGGCAAACCAACCAUGUGUCAGAUGAAGACUAAGGGACAGCUCUUGUUCCCCAGUUAUUUUAAAACGCCUCCUUUUGAAGACAUCUUGUAUUUACUGUAAAUAUAAGAAGGUCGAUUGGUUGUGUUACAUGUUAAUAACUGAGAACUAAAAAAAAAGAAAACGAUUAUCAUGUUUCACUAUGAUUUGUUUACUUAUUUUGUCUUGCACGUGACGUGAAUGCCUGUUCAGAUUUGUGCAAUCUCAAAAUGAGACACUCGACAAGAUCAAGGAGCAACAGCAUUUUCACAUUUGCAUGUCUGAUGCAAAGUAAAUUCAAAUGAGUUUCACAUGAAAAAUGCCUGUUUCCUAAUGCUGGGUUUAGUUAGAAUGGAACAUCCAUAACCAUAAGUGACCUGGUAAUUGCUUUUUGCCAUGUUGUCUUACCACUGAGAAAUGCUUCUGAAUUACCAGUGGAUGGUUGCUGAUAAGGUUCACAUAACCGAAGAGUAACAUACGCUGACAUGAGCAAUCUGCCCAGGAGCGAAAAAAGAUAUUGGGUAAUUCUGUUAGCUGAAAGCAUUUGUUUGGCUGGGCACCCAUAUUACCUCAAUUCAAUAUAUAGCCUCAAUAUACAUAUGAAGUACACAAGAGAAUCUCUUUCCCAUAUCUUAUGGAUCCUAUAGGUCUCUGUAAGAUGUCUACUGCUUGAAGUAUGUCAAAAUCUUGUUAUGGCAAAAGUACAGUGACUGCAUAUGCUUUAUGUAAA